AUGAACGUCAAUUCCAACGUUACCAUCGAUGACAAAAUAAUUGCUAUCAUGGGUCCUACAGGGGCAGGGAAGAGCAACCUCAUUGACACUCUCGCCAACCACACUGUCCAGUGGGCGGGAAGUCAACUCAAGUCGGUGACGCAAGAGGUCCGAACUCUGCGGCUCCCAAACCCUGUAGAUGGUCGAAAUACCUUGGUGCUCGUAGAUACGCCUGGCUUCGACGACACCACAAGGUCCGAUAUGGAGAUUCUGACGAUGAUAGCAGAUUGGUUGCAGAAAACAUAUAAGGGCGGAGUGAAGCUCGCUGGUAUCAUAUACGUUCAUCGCAUCACGGAUAAUCGUAUGGGCGGAACGCCGCACCGGAACCUCCGCAUGUUUGGCGAGCUUUGCGGAGAGAACGCUGCAGGGCGCGUCGCGCUGGUGACGACUAUGUGGGAUAAAUUGAAGGAAAUCAAGGUUGGGGACAGCCGCGAGAACGAGCUACGUACAAACUACUGGAAGACGAUGAUCGAGAAGAAUGCUACCACUCACAGGUUCCGAAACAACCGCGCAGACGCUCUGAAUAUCGUGAUGCACCUUCUCCAGAAGCAAAGCGACACCGAAGCGGUUCUGCUUCAGGAAGAGCUUGUCGAUUUCAAAAGGCGUCUCAACGAGACGCAAGCAGGUCGCACACUCUACAGCGACCUUCAGAACCUCCUCUCCAGGCAGAAGGAAACGCUCAGUGCACUGGCAGAUCAGGCAAGGACCAAGGAUAACCCUAAGCUUGUGGCUGAACUCGAAGCGGAGAAGGAGCGCAUCUCCAAAGAAUUCGAGAAGACGUUUACGCAAGUCCAGGAGCUGAAGAUCUCCUUCGGCCGACGCAUCUGGCUGUUCUUUGCAAAGAAGUUGCCUACGUUAACUCAAGCCUUGAAGCUUAUUGAUUUACUAGCUAAGAACAAAGUUCAGUGGGCAGGGGAAAGCCUUCAAUCCGUCACCCAGGAGGUCCGCUCUGUUCGGUUGCCCCACCCCGUAACGAAAUCGAAGACCUUGGUCCUUGUUGAUACUCCGGGAUUUGACGAUACUGUUAGAAGCGACAUGGAAAUUCUAGAGACGAUUGCUGUAUGGCUGAAGAAGACGUACAAGCAAGGAGUCAAACUGGCUGGGAUCGUCUACGUCCAUCGUAUUACGGACAAUCGAAUGGCAGGAACUCCUCAUCGAAAUUUGCGCAUGUUCGGCGAACUCUGUGGGGAAAAGGCCGCGCAGAGGGUCGUUCUUGUUACCACGAUGUGGGACAAGCUCAAGCAUCCCGAGGUCGGGGGAAAACGCGAGCGCGAACUCCAUGAUUCGUAUUGGAAAGUGAUGCUAGAGAAGAACGCGACCAGCUCCCGCUUCUUCAACACCGAAAAGGACGCAUGGAAGAUCGUCACGACCAUUCUCGAGAAACAUGAGAAGCUCAGAGCGGAGGCUGUCCUUCUUCAAGAAGAACUGGUGGACUUUCGCAGGCGACUGAACGAGACGCAGGCUGGCCAGACCCUAUACACCGACUUGCAGAAGCUGCUCGCCAAACAGAAGGAAACGCUCACCCAUCUGGCAGAGCAAGCCAAACGAGCGAACAACGCGAAGCUCGCUGCUGAUUUCGAAGAACAAAAAAGAGUCACUGAAGCUGCAUUGGAAAAGACCUUCCAACAAGUCGAUGCUCUGAAGGUACCCUUCAGCCGUCGAGUGCGACUCUUCUUCGCGAAGAAGCUGCCCACGAAUCCUUUGAAAAUCCAGGAGGAGACGGAGAUGAGGGGUUAA